GUGGACUCGUCUGUUGGCUCGCUGAUAUGUUUGUAACCAUAGUUAUAUUACUAAAUAAAAAUCUGAAAUACAAAAAUACAAACCAAACGGCUGAAACUAAAAAAAAGGCCGAAAAUCUUAUCGCCACGUGUCAAGCUAUGAUAGGCGUACAGGGAAAACGGGCUCCACCCUCGCGGGUGGCCUCGACUUAACCCCAAACUUGGCCCGUCGUCCCCGGCGGCGCUUUCUAGUCUCUUCCUGCCACCGUGCCACGGCUCAAAAUUACACACCCCAUAACUUCCAAAAAUGGCGGCUGCUAUUCACUUGUCAAUUUCAACUCCGAGCCCUAAUUUCCGUGCGCCUUGCCGCACCCUCCCACCUCUCCACCCACCAAUGACCAUCGCCAAAUUCCAACCCUUACGCCACCUCUCUCGCCGCAUCCUCCGCCGCGGGUUCUCCGUCUCCGCUGCCGCCGUCCGGCAGGACACAACUCUCUGGACACCUGCACCGCUGCUAAAGAUCUCCCCCGCCGCUGAAUCGCUCUUCAACAUCACCAUCGACGUGUCGGAUUCCCCAGAGCUCGCGGGCUCCUACACCAAGGCCGGCCAGUAUCUGCAGCUCCGCCUUCAGGAUCCCGACACCAAACCCGCGUUCCUCGCCAUCGCGUCGCCGCCUUCGACCGCCGCGUCCAAGGGCGUGUUCGAAUUUUUGAUAAAGUCCGCCGCCGGAUCCACCGCCGAGCUCCUGUGCGGGCUUCAGAAAGGCGAUGUCGUGGAGUUGACUCUGGCCAUGGGUAAAGGCUUCAAUAUCGAUCAGAUAUCCCCUCCGGAAAAUUAUCAGACGGUGGUGAUUUUCGCCACCGGGUCUGGAAUUAGGUUCAUCAAUCAAGCAUUGCCUGCUGUCAUCCCAAUUCGGUCUUUGAUCGAGGCAGGCUUCAAUGCUGACAAAAGAUCUAAUGUUAGGCUCUAUUAUGGAGCUAGAAGUCUUGGACGCAUGGCAUAUCAGGAGAGAUUUAAAGAUUGGGAAUCUUCUGGAGUUGAUAUUGUGCCCGUGCUGUCCCAGCCGGACGACAGUUGGAAAGGGGAGCGAGGUUAUGUUCAGGCUGCCUUUAAGAAAGAGAAAAAUAUCAUUAGUCCUCAAUCCACUGGUGCGGUGCUCUGUGGUCAAAAGCAGAUGGCCGAGGAGGUGACUUCGCUUCUUGUAGCUGAUGGUGUAUCGACUGAGAAGAUAUUGAAGAACUUUUGACACCCACAAGUUUGGAGGUCACCAUGUUGUAUUAUUUUUGCUUGAUUUAGAAGCAUCAUUUAUUUAUUUCAGUUGAUGAACGUUGAGAACCAGCUGAAAAUCAGGAGUAGAAUAAAAUGAGUUAUCGGCAAAUCUUGGGUAUUGCUGUUUUCUUCUUCUUUUUUUUUUUAANCAUUCCUU